CUGCGGGGCGUUCCCCCGCGCUCGGGUUCUCCUGCUGCUGCUGAGUUUAGUGUGUGUUCGCUCGUUGAUAACCGCGCGUCUGGAACGAUGGCGGAGGGGGAUAACCGCAGCAGCAACCUGCUGGCCGUGGAGACUGCAAGUCUUGAAGAGCAGCUGCAAGGCUGGGGAGAGGUGAUGCUGAUGGCUGACAAAGUCCUUCGAUGGGAAAGAGCCUGGUUUCCACCUGCCAUUAUGGGUGUGGUUUCCCUGCUGUUCCUGAUUAUCUAUUAUCUUGAUCCAUCUGUGCUGUCUGGUGUUUCCUGCUUUGUUAUGUUUUUGUGCCUGGCUGACUACCUUGUUCCCAUUCUGGCACCAAGGAUUUUCGGCUCUAAUAAAUGUUUUGAUCCAGACAUCAAGCCAGGCACUGGAGAUGGAGCUCAGUAUUUAGAGUACUUGCCCAGAACACAUGGUUCCCUUAAUUCUCUUCUCAGCUGGAGGAAUGAAAAAAACACACAUAAUGAACAGACCACUGAACAACAGCAAAGAUUUCAUGAAAUCUGCAGUAAUCUGGUUAAAACUCGACGCAGAGCUGUGGGCUGGUGGAAACGCCUCUUUUCGCUAAAGGAAGAAAAGCCUAAAAUGUACUUCAUGACCAUGAUCAUUUCUCUUGCUGCGGUUGCUUGGGUGGGACAGCAAGUUCACAACUUGCUUCUCACCUACCUGAUUGUGACUUUUGUGCUGUUGCUUCCUGGACUAAACCAACAUGGAAUCAUUUUGAAGUAUAUUGGAAUGGCCAAAAGGGAGAUAAACAAGCUUCUCAAGCAAAAAGAAAAGAAAAAUGAAUAAGUAGUGCGACUGCCGCGGAGUGUGCCCUGGCCCUGGGAACAGGUGUCCAGUGCUGUCUGGACACGGAAGUGUUACAGUGGCUCUCUGUUUCCCUCACUCUGCCCUUGUUAAUAGAUUCUCACAGGCCAGGCUUUGUGCUGUCUAGUGCCAGGUGUAGCUGGGUACAUUCCUGUCAUUAUGACUUGUUUUAUUGACUUUUUAUUUUUGACAACUUCCUUUAAAAUACUAAAGUGGUGAACUUUACUGUUUUGUACAGUGAACUGUGACUUUGCAUAAUUGUUGAUGUUUGCUUUAGCUAAAUUCAAGGUCUGUGGCUACAGGAAGCUGCUUCUACUGUCUGCUUCCACAGUCUGCUUAGCAACCUGUCUUUGUGAGUACAGAGAUUGGGUUUACCACUUCUGAUGAAGAGACCACUUAAGAUUCAUUCCUGAUUUUCCACUGUGGGAGAAUACCCAUGGACUAAGAUAAAAGCUAACUCCACACCCUAGUGUGUGUAAGCUCUUCUCCCGUACAAAAUGCAGCCGCUUCAGGGAGCAUUGCCCCUUUGUUCCUGUGGGGAGUCUGACAGCCUUUGACUGACCUCUCAUUCCCUUUGCACUGCUUCAGGUUAGUUCAGGUCCAUAUGAGCUUUUGAGCAACAAGCUUUGAGGAGAUUGUAUUUGGGGAUUUUAGCAGUUACUUUGUUCCAGAUUUUCAGCUGACUUAAAAUGUUUGUGACUUUACUGUAAGACCAGCCAGGGAUAAAAGUAUCUUUUGUUUGUUGAGUAGAAAACUAGAUUAUCUAUUAAUAUUUAAGACCAGGGGGAAAAUGCUUUAAAAGUAAGCCUGGAAAAUCUCAUUUGUUUUCAUACUAUUGGCUGAGUUUCAGUCACUCCAGCUUUGCACUUGAGAGACAGUGUUUACUGGUGUUUGACUUUCCCCUUGACAUUUCUCAGAAAAAUGCAGGGCUGCAGCUGAGAGCAGACUGCUGAUUGGUGACUCUGGUCUGCAUAGCUUUUGCAACUCCUUAAAGCUUACUGUGAUCACGUGUCCUCUCAGUAGGUAGACUUGUAGAGCAGUUGAACUCUGCAGACUUGAACCUCUGAGGGCCAAACUAGGGCACAUUCGGGAACAACUCCUUACCCCAUGAACUAUUGUGACAUAGUUUGUGAUAUGAUCCUUGCACUGAUGCUGUGAACCCUGACCCUGUCUGUGUCUGCCUUUGUUCCCUCCCGUCCCUACCACUGGGAGCAGUGCUGCCUCUUGUAGCAUGUGUGUAUGUGUUUUUUUUUAAUGUUUCAUGACACUCACUUUGGUCUUAACUUGUUUUCUUGUAAAUAAGCCUGCCUUUCUACCUGGAAUUUAUGUGUGUAUGACUAAUACAUGUUCUACCAGUUAACUACUUUGGCAGUUUUAAUCAUUUCUUCUUUGUUUUGUGGUAAAGGGGGAAAAAUUAAAAAACCAUUUGGAA